AUGUCUUUUCCAGCGCUUGACGUUUCCUCGGAACAUGACAUUUUGCAGAUUUAAUUUCAUCAAAUGGCAGACUCUUUUUUCGGAUUUCCAACGUCACACCCAGGAAGUGGAUUCGACGAUGCAAUAGAUUGCCCCCAAGACGAUGACGAAGUAGGCGAGGAGGACGAGUACGAUGCCCUGAACGACGAGACCUUCGGCGAGGACGCGACCGACGGUGACUGGGAGCAGGACCACGAGAAAUUGGCCCAGAUAACCGAGUCAACUCGUCCCCUGGUGCAAACCACCGCUUCCACGAAGAAUGGGCUGGACGUGGACAUCGAGGGUAGCUUAUCCCACCUAGUUCUCGACGAGAAGGACGGAAUAGUCCCCCGGCCAGGUGUCUGGGACAGUCCCACGCUGGUACUACACCCCCAGCCCCAGCCCCAGAUUCACCCCGGGUCCCAGCAGCCCCUGCCAGUGGCCUUGAAAUUCGUUCAAACAGUCGAGGAGCUAGAGCGAGGUCUCAUCCGCCCCCCGCCAGGUCUAGCAAAGCCCCCGCCAACGAUAACAAACGCCCAGGCCCCCAGGAACCAGUUUAUCCUGGACUAUUCAGGUCUCAACGACCACUUGCCAGUUAAUUUAUGCCAGAAAAUCUUCAACGGCCCCCUCCGACCGAGAUUUCCCCCAGGUCUAGCCCUCCCUGGGCCCCACCCGGUGGUUCUCCCCCCAAACGUUCACCUCCCCAACCAAUUACUCCAAAACCCACGUCCCAUGCCACCGAAUCAAACAAAUCUCAUACUGGGGCGCCACUCCAUGCCCCGCCACCUGAUAGUGAAUCAACGUCAAACAAUGCACGGCAACUUCGUGGGAAAUUUCCCCCAGCCAAGACUCAACCUCCCGCAGUUCAUUCGACCCGACCAGCCAGUGCCGCGAUUCGCCAUUCCAACGAAUCACCCGAAUCAGCACAACAAUCAGAGAAAUCAGUGCAGAAGUCACGGUAACGAGCCACCAGCAGCCAAUCACCAGCCAUUUUUCAAGAACAAUCAGUACUGGCAUCAGAAUCGUAAUAACCAGAGGUACAAUCAUCAUCGUCAUCAUAAUCAGCUGAAUGGGCUGAACGAUAAUGGGGAGUAUGACGAGUACUCUGGGCUGAUGAGCUCCAGGGAGAAGCAGUGGCUGACGAAUAUUCAGUUGCUCCAGCACAAGACCAAUCAGCCUUAUGUCGAUGAUUACUACUUCACUGUGUUCUCGGAGAGGCAGAAUAAGAAGAAUGAUAAUCAGGACAGCAGGGAUAGGAAGCAGAAUAAUAAUGGGUUUGGGAGGGAUCCGAGGGACAAGGAGCAGCAUGUGUUGACGAAGGUUGUUUAUACCCCGACGCAGUUUGAGAAUUCUCUGGGGAAGCUGCAGUGCGGGAGUGUCACAGCACCCAGGAAGAUCAUUGAUAUGGAUGUGGUGCCCAAUAGCGAUCCUCAGCAGCAUCCGCAGCAGAAGGACAUGAAGAAGGCGAGGCAGCGGUUGUUGGAGAUUGAGAGACUGUACACGGUGCAGCUCAAGCUCGAGGAUUUGAGCAAUCCCCUGGCUCAGGUGGCUGAGCCACUGGAGCAGCCCCAGGAGAACGAGGAGCCCAAAGCCCCCAAGAAAACUGCCCCUGAGCUCAUUAACAUCAUGCUGACGUCACUCAUUCAACUGCUGCAUGAGGACAAACUCGCCAGCAUUCUCAGUAUUCGGAAGGGGAAGAAUCUUUUGCUGAGGUUUCUGCCUUUCUUGAGUGUCACGGAGUACGGUGCACAGCUGGGCGAACUGUGGACUGGGCUGCUCAGGGGGCUGGCCAUUGUUGGCAGGCGGGAUGCCUAUCUGCUGGUGAAGUUCUUCCCAGAGUUUCACAGGUGGAUUGAGACUACUAGGGAUUUUGAGACUGUUCUGAGACUGGCAAGGGGGUUCUUGGACUCGGUCAAUCAGAACAGCAGGAUUAAUAAUAGUCUCGCUUUUGCUGUGACCAAUAAGUUUGGAGUCUCUGUGAUUGCAUCGCUCCUCGAGCAAGCAGAAAAUCUCUACCCCGAUGACAAAGCAAUGACACAAGAAUGGUCAACAUUCAUCGUUAGUCUAUCCGAGGCAGUUGGUGCAUCGACACCGAGUGUAGCACCCUGUCAUCCAGUCGCUGCUAACACACUCCAUCAGCAUCUCAAGAGAAUUGGCAGUCUCAAAACAGAAAGGUACGAACCACUAGAGUCACUCCUCACUGACGCAAACCCAUCGCGAUAGACUGAUUAUCUUACUACAUUUGAAAAAAAUCCGCGAGUCAUCUCUUUUCGUUAUGUUGAAAAAUCAUUCUCCAGUUGUGGAGGAAUACAAUGGAAUUUUAUUUCCCGUUCUGUGUAAUUCAAAUUCACCGUUUGUUCUUCCAUUCUGGGAAUGUAUAUAGAAAUGACUGGUAAUUUUUUUUUUGGGGGGGUGGACAAUGAAAAUUUAUUAGACUAAAAUGUGUACAUGAAUCGAUAUUCAUUCGUCUCGUUACCCUGAAUCUGAUGGAAAAAUACAAGAAAAUGUAAACAAGUACGGAAGAAGUACAAGAAUUCAUUAAGGCUAUAGUCUCUUUUUUUUUCUCUCGUCUCGGUUAUCAUGACAUCUUGGCACAGUUUGUUCAUAGAAUUUAGUUAAUCGUAAUUUCACAGUUUUGUACAACUCUGUGUAAAUAAUUUUCUCCCCAACGAAUGUCAUAACCAGUGAGUUUAAUCGACUUUUUCAUUUAUCAGCGAACACUUACGCUUUGGAGAAAUAUUUUUAUUUCGAGGGGAUAAUGCAGGAUUUUGAGUUUUGCUGAAACAUUUUGUUACUUUAUGUACGUUUUUGCUUUUGUACAUAUCGUCUGAUUAUUUUUUUCGUUCCUGUAGACUAGACGGUAAAUGAGAGUGCGAGAAAAAUGUAAUUAGUUUAAUUUACGAGUCUAUCAGUGGUGAAAGUUCAAAUGACUAUUAAUUAAAAUCAAUUAUGCUUGAUUUGGGAGAGGGGUUGAGAUGACGUUUCACUCUCACAUUUUCAUAUUAUAUUUUUCGGUUAAUCUGGGAGUGAGAUUGAACGACGAAUCGACUAUAAAUACCUCGUGUAUUUGAAAUGAAUUUAAUGAAAUUUAAUGAUAUUUUUCUUUUCUCGAAGCCCAAUCUGGUUGCGCUGUAUUCUUCUUAAAAUGUAACCGGGCAGAAUGAAAAUUAAAACAAUUAUGUAAAAUCAUAGACGAAGUGCCGUUUAGAUAUAAUUUUUUCCGAGCGCUUUCAAUUAUUUUCUAUUAAGUAACAAAAUGAACGUUUUUCAAUUUGCAUUUGAUAUUGCAUUAAAAAAAAUAUAUACAAAAAAUAAAAAAAAUCUAUUGGGCGUGAUGAUGAUGCGCGUGAAAAUGAUGUUUUUUCUUUCGAGUGGUAAUGUAAAACACCAGCUGAUGAGAACAAAUAAUGAAAAUACGAUUUUUACCUGCCUUAACUCAAACCUAUUUAGUAAUAUGUUAAAAGAUAAAUAGGUCGUUUAGGCAUCGGCGUUGAUUAUUAUGAUAUAUUAAAUAUACAUGUAAACUAGUUUAAAUAAACUUGAUAACUUUUUUCACUAUGAUUGUUAUCACCGGAAUAUUAUUGAUAGAAAAUGAAAAAAACGAAAAAGCCAAAAAAAUAUAUAUAUGAGACCAGAAAUGCCAACUGCGGCAAUCGUGGAGUGCUUUUUAUCGUAAUGCAAUGCUCAAUGCAAGCGUAUCAUUUAACUCAAUGACGUAUAUGACGACUUGAUUGACCAUUUAAUUCAUCUUCCAUUGAAUAACCUGAAAUCUAUUGAUUUGAUUGUACAUGCAAUGUCAGUGGCACUUUAUCAUUAUUCAGAGAAAAUUUAAUCAUCGUGUACUUGAGUUUAUGGCGGUUACAUUAUUACAUAUUAUAUUUUUUCUAUUAGAGAUAAUUUCGUUUACAUAUUUUCUUCACAACUAAUAUUUUUUUCUAUCAUUUCUUACGCUCUGAGGAAAAUAACUGAAAAAUGACAAAAAAAAGUGUGGGGGAGUGGGUGAAUUAAUAAAUUCGAUGUACUUUUUCCGUACUCUAUGUAUCAAUAAUGAAUUUGUUUACUUUUUGAAGGAAAUGAGAGUGAGAUAUAGACGAUUGUACAUUUAUAAUGCUGCCGAGGGACUAUUUAGAAUGUGAAGAACAGCAGUUUUGUCAUUAAUUGUGUAUUGUAUGUACAAAAGAGAAAUGAAAAAUUGAUCAGAUUGAUAAAUUGAAGACGCAAAUAAAUGUUUUGACAUUAUCAUGUA